AUGCAGCACCCGCUGGAGCUGGGGGCUGCGCACUACUUCCCGGCCGAAGCCUUUCCCGACCACCGCUCGCACCGCUAUCGCAGUUUCAUGAUUGAGGAGAUCCUCACCGACCCCCCCGACGCCAAAGGCGCGGCGCCGCCCGGGGAGCUGCUCAAGUUCGGGGUGCAGGCGCUGCUAUCCGCACGGCCCUACCACAACCACCUCGCCGUUCUGAAGGCGGAGCCGGCGGCAGUCUUCAAGUUCCCGCUGGCUCCCCUGGGCUGCUCGGGGUUGGGCUCAGCUCUUCUGGCCGCCGGCUCGGGGCUGCAGGGCGGCUCCGCCUCGCCCCACCUCCCGCUGGAGCUGCACCUCCGCGGCAAGCUGGAGCCGGGCGGCCCCGAGCCGGGCAGCAAGGCCAAGAAGGGCCGCCGCAGCCGCACCGUCUUCACAGAGCUGCAGCUCAUGGGGUUGGAGAAGCGCUUCGAGAAGCAGAAGUACCUCUCGACGCCCGACAGAAUAGACCUGGCCGAAUCGCUGGGGCUCAGCCAGCUCCAGGUGAAAACCUGGUACCAGAACAGGCGCAUGAAAUGGAAGAAAAUAGUGCUGCAGGGGGGAGGCCUGGAGUCCCCCACCAAGCCCAAGGGUCGCCCCAAGAAGAACUCCAUCCCCAGCAGCGAGCAGCUCUCGGAGCAGGAGCGCGCCCGGGACGCUGAGAAACCCCCCGAGAGCCUGGGCUCGCCAGCUGAGGUCAGCCAGGAGGAGUGA